AUGUCAAGGGCAUGGCUUUUAUUAAACCUUUUAAAGGAAGCUCACGAAUUGGAUGUGAAUACCAGCCGACGUGAAGCCCAACUCAUUCGAUAUUUACCAAUAAGGUCUCGCAGCGAUGAAAUUAUUCGAAUUUAUCGUCUCAAUGAAGAACUUAUUGCUGAACUUCAAAAUGAGCUUCGCGCUUUAUUAUCUUCAAAUAAACGGAAAGGGCUUACAAAAAGGUCUAAGCUUCUUUGCACGCUGUCUUUUUUGGCAAGUGGCAGUUACCAAAAAAUAUUAGGAACUAAUAUAAAUACCUUUUUGUCCCAAUCUUCUGUAUCCCGGUCUAUUAAUGAAGUCGUCGAAGCUUUAAAUCAUCCAUCCAUAAUAAAAAAGUAUUUGAGAUUUCCUCAAAAUAUUUCGGAGAGACAGGAAUUGAAGGAACGUUUUUACAAAAAAUUUCGCAUCCCUGAUGUGAUUGGUUGCAUUGACGGUACAUUUGUUGCAAUAAUAAGACCGCAAGAUAAUGAUGAGAGGUAUUACUGCCGAAAAGGAUUUUAUGCUAGAAAUGUAAUGUUGAUUGUGGAUGCAGACAUGAAUAUAUUACAUGCAGAUGUAUCAUAUGGAGGGAGCACUCAUGAUAGUUUUGUAUUUAAUAAUUCUAUAAUUAAAACACAUCUAUUAAAUUUAACGAACUCUGGUGAAGUUGUGUAUUUAUUGGGGAAUUCUGGCUAUCCACAACUACAAUAUGUAAUGACCCCAGUGAGCGAUACAAAUGCUGACAAGACUCCUGAAGGAUAUUAUAAUCAGCUGCAUGCAGCUGCUCGAAGCACAGUGGAGAGGGCUAUAGCUGAUCUAAAAGCACGUUUUCAAUGUCUUUUAGUUAACAGGGUUUUACAUUAUCAUCCUGAUUCUGCUGCAAAAAUAAUAAUAGCGUGCUGUAUCCUCCAUAACAUAUGUAAUCAUGCAGGUUUGCCCGCUCCAACUUUGAGUGAAGAUGACCUACACAAAGAGAGCUCUUUAAAUCAAAGCCUACCAAACAGAUCCUAUCAAUCGGAUUCAGAACUUGCAUUGGGAUAUAAUUUUAGACAACAAUUAAUUGAUCAUUUGUGGCAUAGUAGAAAUAACGAUUUGGCAUAAGAGAUAUGAUAUCUUAGUUGCCACAAGUAUAAUACAAGUAUGUAUACAAACAAAACAGACAUAACAUCAUACUUCAUACCACUGAUUAAUCUUAUUUCUAAUUCACUCAGAGAAAAAAUUCAACCCAUCCACCAAAACCUUAUGCCCAUAUUUGAGAGGCUUAUGUGUUUCUGCUGGAGCUUUUUGUGCUUCCACUUGGGCCUUAUGUGCUUCAGAUAGAGCCUUGACUCUCUCUGCCAGUACAUUUUGAGUUCAAGCCAUCUCCUUGACAGCUGGUCAUCAGGGCUGGUCCUCCAACUCUAAAACUGUAUUACCUGUGCUGAUAAAUUGAGUGUUGUG